UUCCGUCGGUGACCAGCUGUUUUGUGCCGUCGUUCCCUUUUUCCUUUGGCUGCCUGACCGGCCACCCGAAAGAUGUUCCGAAUUGGAUUAAAAUUUCCGUGCAACGGUUUAAAUAGGAUCAAAAAACAAGGAUCCUCCAGACUCUAUUUGACAACUAGGUGUUACGAGACACGUGCACGAGUUAAAUGCGAACCGGAAUGGAGGUUUUUCAAGGAUGUCAAACUUACGUCCAGAAUAUCUGGACAUCGGUAUUCAACCGAUUCACCAAAGAGUGAGAAGGGUCAUGGUGGCAACAAGGUACUGUUAACUCUGACUGCUGUGGCAAUAGGGGCGUCAGGAGUAUUACUUUUUGCAAAACAUAAUCCAGAAUUCCGAGCAACUUUAGAAGGAUGGGUACCUGGCACGGACAGAACGAUUCAGAUCAUCUUUCAGGAAGAGUCAUCAUAUUUUGAGUUCAUACGUACAUACUUUACGUCACUCAAACAAUCAAUAAGUUCCAUCUUUGAGAACGAGCCAAAAAAGUCAGCGCCGAAAUCAGUAUUCGAGCACCUAUUUGAAAAGAAGGAACAGCCUAUUAACAAACCUUACUCUGAAAUAAGAUUAAGCAAAGAGAAGGGAGAAGAGAUCGAAGUUGUUGCUGAAAAACCUCCACCACCUGUUGAAGAUAUACCUAAGGAAUUAAUGCCAGAAAGUCUGGUUGAACUAGAAACAUCGUGCGGUCAGACCGCGUCUAAAGCGAUUGCAGCUUAUCAAACAGCAACGUGUGCUAUUCAAGAUUACAACCAAGAUGUAAUGAAAGUUGUGGAUAGCGCUGAUAGUUCCGGUAGUAUCGUAUGGAACAGAUUAAAGACAGCAACGGAAAAGAGGAAAGAAGCGGUCCAACAGGCAGAGGGACACGCGAACGAAGCAUUAGAUUCGCUCAAGAGAAUGUUUUACCUGAUCGAUGAUCCUAAAUUCGAUGCACCGUCGCACAUGAAAACAGCUGCCAGACGAAACAUCAAGAAAAUUUUAGACGACGUUGACGAGGCUAAGAAAAAAUACGAGACGGAAGUGCAAACCGGCAACAUGGCAGAGCGCUACUGGAAGCAGGUUAAAACAGCUCGCGAGAACCUUAACGAGGAGUUACAAAUACUAUUCCCGGAUAUCAACAUUCACGAAAAGAAAUUAUCGAUCGACGAAGACUCGUUCGAUUUGUUUGUUCUUCACAUGUACAACAAAGUGAGCAAUCUACAAAAGGAACUGGAGAAAUUGAGGACGGUCGAGGGAAACAAACUGAGGGCAGCGUUGAAAGCGUACGGCGACUCGGCGAAUGACGAAAAAUUAGACGCGUUGGUAUGUCUGGAGUUGAACAAAGAAAAGCAGAUCCUCGAGGAACAGUUUAGCAAACAGUUGUUGGAGGAGCAGAAGAAGUUCGAGAACGAGAUGCGUCGAGAGCUGAAGCUGCAAGAACAGGUACACACCGAUCAUCUUCGAGAGGCGCUCAUGAUAAAGGAGCAAGAAGCGCAGAGGAACUUGAACCGCGCGAUCAGCGAGCAAUCCCAGUCCGAUUCCUUGAAGUACAAGGCGCAGCUUGCCGCCAUCGUCGGCAGGUUACGUGGCCUGGAAGCGGCACUGAAGGCUCGUAUGGAGGAGGAACGAGGAGCAUCCAAUGCACAGAUUUUGUGGUCAGCUUGUCAGGCUUUGGCACGAGCCGUUAAAUCUGCGCCACCCGGUGCGUGCGUGGACAAGACCAUCAGGCCCUUGGAACCGGAAAUCAAAGCAGUCACUAAGGCAGCACCGAAGCAGGAUCCUCUGGUGCUAGCAGCCAUCCAAGGCAUUCCCGAGGAAGCUGCGAAGAGGGGAGUGUUCCCUGAGGACGUUCUUCGAGCUAGGUUCCUCAAGGUGGAAGAGGUCGCGAGACGAUUGGCCAUGGUACCCGAGGAGGGAGCAGCCUUGCCUGUCUAUUUCCUCAGCUACCUUCAGAACUUCCUGAUGAUCAAAAACGCGAGCGCCAUACCUCAGAGCGAGCUCGAGGACAAGCCCAUCGACGUCCAGUCCCUUAACACGUACGACAUACUUCAUCGAGCCAGGUAUUGGCUGGAUCGCGGCGACUUCAAGAUGACCCUUCGGUACAUGAACCUUCUGAAGGGGGCGUCGAGAUCCAUCGCGAGCGAUUGGAUGAACGAGACGAGGAUCCUUUUGGAGACCCAGCAGGCCGUGGACACGCUGUUAGCGUACGCUGGCGCGAUCGGCCUCGUGUUCCUCGGUGCUGGAGACUCGAAGGUCAGUCGAAACAAUUAGAAAGGGAAGAACGAAAACUGUUCCGACGGUCUGCGAACGUUCGUCGUGCCUGUAUCAGCGAAGGAGGCGACACGCGAUGCGCCUCCAUGGCGAAUUCCAUUAUCGCCAGGUUAGGCUUCCAUUGAACGUCGUCGCUCAGUAUUGUAAUUCUGUGUUCAGCGGGGUGCACGCUUUUAGGUGAAUUUGUUACUUCGAGGCGAAGAGGCGAAUCGUAAUUUUGUCGGUAGUUGGAGGAUGUAUGCGCGUCAUCGGUGAAAGGUAGUCGAAAGCUGUAUUUUUUUGGAUCAUUUAUAACGACUGAGAUAAAUUGCGAAAUAUAGACAAAUAUAAAUUGACCAUGCGUUUUCUAUGAAUCUCUGUUCACGAUCGAUGCGCUCUACGUCGCUUUUCUUUCUUUGUCUCUCUUUUUUUCAACCCGAUUUAUACAUCUUCCGCUUUUACAGAGUUUCCACGAACCGCUCGCUAAUUGACGCUCCCUUUUGUUUAUUCGCUUCGCGACUGCUCAACGGGAUGCUUUUACCGACUAUUUUCAUUUCCGCUUCAGCGUUCCGAGCACAAACACUUCGUAAAUUUAUAUUUAUUCCGACCGUCCGUGCGGUGAACUCCUAUGCGCGUUCAGGCGAAUACGCAGAAAGUACGGGGCACCCAGUUGUACGCACAGGUCACCUGCUGUCCGGGUACUGGCGUCCGAAAAGGUCGCAAAUUUAAUCUCUUAAUCAUAAUUCUACCGUUCUAUGUAUAUUAUUUUAAUACUAGUAUCGCUGUAAUUCGUUCUGAAGAAAUUGCUCGAACGAAGAUAGUCACGAACAAACCACGAAUAAAAAUCCUUCCACCAUCGAUUGAUAUUCCUUUCGGAAUUGACCCUCUGUUGCGUAACCCGCUCGAAAUUCGAUAAAGAUUCUAUGUUAUCGCUGGAAAAAGAUUGGUACAACGUAGGGUUAACGGUAAAUGUGAUUCGAAUCAACCCUCGAUUUUUCAUUUUUCCGAGGCGUGGCAAAGAAAGACGAAGGAGUGGAAAAAAGUGGCACAAAAAAGUCGAGAACGCGUAGAACGCUCCGUCACGUUCCUCUCGUUGUUGUU